AUGCCUAGUUCUGUGGAUGGUACUGGUAUUGAUGUGGAUCCCAAGGGUCAGCAAGUUGAUGACACCCAAAUUAAUAGUGGUAUUCCAGAGUUGGACAGUCAAAUCUCUGUUGCAGAAACAUACAAAGUUUUAUUGGAUGCCAAAUCUGGGAAAGCACCAGGCUUUGACAACAUACCUAUUUUCAUAAAGCAUACGACUGUCAACAGAACAACAUUAUUGGAUAAAAUAAAAGAAUUUGGUAUUGGUGGCAGGUUUUAUAAUGCAAUAUUAUCUUUAUAUAGGAAUGUGGAAUGUUGUGUAAGGGUAAAUGGGUUUGAAUCACGUUGGUUCAAAGUUGGUACUGCUUUAAAACAAGGAUGCCCACUGUCACCAAUUUUGUUUAAUCUGUACAUCAAUGAUCUGAUAACUGCCAUUAAGGACCUGGAUAUAGGUAUUGAAAUUGGUAAUGAAAAAAUUAGUAUCUUGUUGUAUGCUGAUGAUGUUGCUCUGUUGGCUGAAUCUCCAGAAGACUUACAAAAUAUGUUGGACACGGUGAAUAUUUGGUGUAAUAAUAAUAUGUUGGUUAACUGUGACAAAUCAAAUAUUGUACAUUUUAGACCAAAUAAGAAAGCUGUAACAAAUUUUGUAUUUAAAAUGGGAACAGAUAGUUUAAAGGUAGUUUCUAAGUGUAUAUAUCUAGGUGUAUUACUCAGUGAGUUUUUGGAUUAUGCAGUAAUGGCCAAGGCAGCAGCUUUAUCUGCAGGCCGUGCUUUAGGCCUGGUAAUAUCUAAAAGUAAAAUCUUUGGUGGCUUCCAAUUCUCAACUUUCACCAAACUGUACGACUCCAUGGUGUGGCCAGUGUUAAAUUACUCUGCAGCUAUCUGGGGAGAUAAAGAAUUUUCUUGUGUUAAAGCUGUACAAAAUCGUGCAAUGAGGUAUUUUCUUGGGGUUGGCAAAUAUACACCAAAUACAGCAAUUAAUGGGGAAAUGAGUUGGAUACCAGCAAAGGUUAAACAAUGGGGUACAGUUACUCGUCAGUUUUGUCGUUUUAAAAAUAUGACUCAUAAUCGUGUCAAUAAGAAAAUAUUUUUAUGGGCAGAGAAUGAAUCUUCCCGUAACUGUAAAAGUAGUGUAUUUCGUAUGUGUAAAAUACAGUGGCAUAGUGGGGACAUAGGAAAUAUUUUAUUUAUCACGUGCACACGUGGUGGCUAA